AUGAGGCGGCUGCUGCCCUCGCGGUGCGGGAGGGCGAGCUGCGCGUGGCCUGGGCUCCUUCCGAAUGGUGGCGCCUCUGAGCGCCAGUUCGAGGAGGAGUCGGAGGAGGAGCCUGAAUGUUUCGAGGCAGACUUCAAGUCCCGGACCUUAUCCGUGCGCCGCUUCGGUUUGCAGAUUGAGAAACCAAGAUGUCAGAAGAUGAAGGAUUGGUCCAAAAUAAGAAAGCUAGGACUGUACCAGCUCGCCAUGGAUAUCAUCAUAAUGAUCCGAGUGUGUAAAAUGUUCCGCCAAGGUCUCAGGGGAUUCCGGGAAUAUCAAAUCAUUGAGACUGCUCACUGGAAGCACCCUAUCUUCUCCUUCUGGGAUAAAAAGAUGCAAAGCCGAGUCACAUUUGAUACCAUGGACUUCAUUGCAGAGGAGGGUCACUUUCCUCCAAAGGCCAUUCAAAUAUUGCAGAAGAAGCCUUCCUGGAGAACAGAGGAUGAGAUCCAGGCCGUCUGUAACAUCCUGCAGGUUCUGGAUAGCUAUCGGAACUACGCGGAGCCCCUGCAGCUGCUCCUGGCCAAAGUCAUGCGCUUUGAACGGUUUGGUCGUAGGCGUGUGAUCAUCAAGAAGGGGCAGAAGGGCAACAGCUUUUGUUUCAUCUACCUGGGCACAGUUGCAAUAACCAAGGACGAGGAUGGCAGCAGUGCCUUCCUAGAUCCCCACCCAAAAUUGCUGCACAAGGGUAGCUGUUUUGGGGAAACGGACGUUCUGCAUGCUUCAAUGAGGAGGUCCACCAUCGUCUGUAUGGAAGAAACGGAGUUCCUGGUUGUUGACCGGGAGGACUUCUUUGCUAAUAAGCUGGACCAGGAAGUUCAGAAGGAUACUCAGUAUCAGUUUGAAUUUUUUAGGAAGAUGGAUCUGUUUGCAUCAUGGUCUGAUGAGAAGCUCUGGCAGCUUGUAACCAUGGCGAAGACAGAGAGGUUCUCGUAUGGGCAGCUGAUCUCAAAAGACUUUGGAGAGUCAUCCUUCAUCAUGUUUAUCAGCAAGGGCAGCUGUGAAGUCCUGCGGCUGUUGGACCUUGGGGCCUCCCCUUCCUACCACAGAUGGGUCUGGCAGCACCUGGAGCUGAUAGAUGACAGGCCUCUGAAGACCCACCUGAGUGAAUACUCUCCUAUGGAAAGAUUUAAGGAAUUCCAGAUCAAAUCAUAUCCUCUACAAGACUUUAGCUCCUUGAAACUUCUGCAUCUCAAAAAAGCCUGGGGGCUACAGGGGACAAGCUUCAGCAGGAAGAUCAGAACCUCAGGAGACACUCUUCCCAAGAUGCUGGGCCCGAAGAUCCAAUCCAGGCGUGCUCAGUCGAUCAAAUGUGCCAUGAUCAAUACCAAGGUUGGUGAGCUCCCCAAGGAGGCUGCAGUGGGGGCCUACGUGAAGGUGCACACUGUGGAGCAGGGAGAAAUUUUGGGUCUCCACCAGGCCUACCUUCCAGAGGGUGAAUGCGACACACGACCCUUGAUCCUGAUGAGCUUGGGAAAUGAGUUGAUACGGAUAAGGAAGGAAAUAUUUUACAAACUGAUUGACAAUGAUGACGAGAUGAUGAAAAAGUUGUUAAAGCUCAAUAUCGCAUUCCCCAGUGAUGAAGAUAUGUGCCAGAAGUUCCUCCAGGAGAAUAGCUGGAAUAUGUUUCGGAAGGACCUGUUGCGGCUGCUCGUGGAGCCUCGCCAAAGUCAACUGUUCACUCCAAACCGGCCCAAGAAGAAAGAGAUCUACAACCCUAAGUCUGUGGUCCUGGAUUUGUGCAGCAUCAACAAGACGACUAAACCUUGUUAUCCUAUUUUUAUGGCACCCCAGAAAUACCUCCCUCCAUUGAGGAUUGUCCAAGCCAUCAAAGCACCUCGGUACAAAAUCCGAGAACUCUUGGCUUAGUAUAUGAGCGCCGGGGUCCUUAUUUAGGACAAAUAAAGGAUGGUGGAUUGGCCGCCAUGCUUUCUGAAUGACCACCAUGGGAGUUGUGGGACUUGGAGGAAGGGGGCCUGGAGGGCUGAGCUGUGGGUCCAGAGAGGUGUUUGGGGGACAGCAAUGGGGGCACAGUCUCCCUUGAUGCUUGAGGGCUGGGCUGAGUGAAUGAAUGGUCAGAGGCUGUGUGUGGACGGGUUAAUCACUGGGCAUAGUUUCAGGGUAGGAGGGUCUUGUCUGAUAAGCUGGAUGUGGGGAAGGCUCAAAUCAAAGUGUUCAAGACUAGGGUUGCAAAUGCCUUCCAAGGCCAGACAGGUCAUCUAAAGGAGUGCAGCAGCAGGGAUGCUGGGGCCUGCUGUGUAAGUUCCCCAUCCAGAUGGGGCAGCUGCCCCUUAGCCCAGUCAGUUGCUGCCCUGUCAGAAAAUAAUUCGGCCUCGUAUUGUCAGUCUGUAGAUCCUUCAAGAGAAUCAAGAAAUUCAAUAUUUUAGAUGAUUCCUACCAGUUUUUAAACACGAGCAACUAAUUCAGAUUGUUUUCAAAUAGUGUCAAACAAAACAUAUAUGGGCCUGCAGGUGGUGGGCUGGGUCCCUGUCAAGAGAGUGAAGUGAGGCUGCGACUGGUUGGGAGGAGGGUACAGGAGCCAGAGAGACGCUGAUGGGACAGCAUGACAGGAGCAGGCAUCAGGUCCAGGAUGAGGAGUGAGCAGCUGUGAUAGAGGAGGUGGAGACAAGGAGGCUGCAGAGUCGGAACGAAAGAAGGCUCCUCACUCUCUCUGCUGGGUCUUUAAUCUGGAGCUGCCCAACACUGAUCUGGGCCUAGAACUCAGGGUUCCUGUCUCCAGCAGCCUCAGCACCACAGACCAAGCUCCAGACACCUCUUUCCCUUCGAGAACCCCAUAGGUUAGCUUGAGAGCACUGAGGAGCCUGGCGGAGGCCAUGGCGGCACAGGAGCCUGCCCGCUUCCAAGUCACCCACCCUGUCCCUGGCAAGGCAUAGACUCUGAGGAACACCUGGGCGUCUUGCUGGGCACCAGGAGCUCUGGCAGUCCCAGAUGUGCUUCUGUCUCACUGGACCCUCUUGAGCACUUUGAUUCCCUUAUCUGUACCUCAGUUUCCCCAGUGGUGAAAUGAGCAAGUUGGACAAGAUCGAUGGCUUUCAUGAAUGGGGGUGAGUCUAGUUUGAAAAGUAUAUUCAACAUUAUAGUUUUGUUUGUUGAAUUUAUUUUUUAUUUUUAUUUUGAGACAGGGUCUUUUUUUUAUUGUACUCUAAGUUUUAGGGUACAUGUGCACAAUGUGCAGGUUUGUUACAUAUGUAUCCAUGUGCCAUGUUGGUGUGCUGCACCCAUUAACUCGUCAUUUAGCAUUAGGUGUAUCUCCUAAUGCUAUCCCUCCCCCCUCCCCCCACCCCACAACAGUCCCCGGAGUGUGAUAUUCCCCUUCCUGUGUCCAUGUGUUCUCAUUGUUCAAUUCCCACCUAUGAGUGAGAACAUGUGGUGUUUAGUUUUUUGUCCUUGCGAUCGUUUACUAAGAAUGAUGAUUUCCAGUUUCAUCCAUGUCCCUACAAAGGACAUGAACUCAUCAUUUUUUAUGGCUGCUAGACAGGGUCUUGCUCUGUUGCCCAGGCUGGAGUGCAGUGGCACGAUCAUAGCUCACUGCAGCCUCGAACUCUUGGGCUCAAGCAAUCCUCCUGCCUUAGCCUCCAAAGUAGCUGGGAGUACAGGUAUGCACCAUCAUGUAGGGCUAAUUUAAAUUUUUUUUUCGUAGGGACAGGGUCUUACUGAGUUGCUCAGGCUGGUCUCAAACUCCUGGCCUAAAGUGAUCCGCUCACCUUGGCCUCCCAAAGUGCUGAGAUUACAGGUAUGAGCCUGAUACGAUUUGGCUGUGUCCCCACCCAAAAUCUUAUCUUGAAUUGUAAUAAUCCCCAUGUGUGAAGGGCAGGACCAGGUGGAGAUAAUUGAAUCAUCGGGGCAGUUUCCCCUAUACGGUUCUCAUGAUAGUGAGUGAGUUCUCACGAGAUCUGAUGGUUUUAUAAGGGGGCUUUCCCCGUCGCUCAGCUCUCAUUCUCUCUCCUGCUGCCAUGUGAAGAAGGAUUUGUUUGCUUCCCCUUCUGCCAUGAUUCUGUUUCCUGAGGCCUUCCCAGCCAUGUGAAACUGUGAGUCAAUUAAACCUCUUUUCUUUAUAAACUA